AACGCGCGGCGGAGUGGUGCCGCCAGCUCGAGCCGCUGCCUCUCGCCCCGUUCCGGCCGCGGGCGCAGGAGCCGCGGGGCAGCACUGCCAGCGGGAUCGAUGGACGCCGAGGCAGCGGGGGACGAGCAGUCCCGCCUGCGGGCGCUCUUCUUGGCCUGCGAUGCCAACGGCUCGGGCCGCAUCGAGCGCGAGGACUUCGCUGCGCUCUGCUCCGAGUUGCGGUUGCGGCCGGCCGAGGCCGAGGCCAUCUUCCAGCGCCUCGACAGCGACCGUGACGGGGCCAUCAACUUCAGGGAGUUCGCCCGCGGCUUCCGCGGCGCCACCCGGCGGCGGUCCAGCGGCAGCCCUGGGGAGCCGGAGGAGGAGGGCGAGGUGGCGGCGGCGACGUGGAGCACAGCGGGGCUGGAGCAGCCCUGGAGAGACUUCGAGGUGCGGCUGGGGGACGAGGCCAGGUACAUCCCCAGACAAGAGCAAGUCAGUGUUCUGUAUCAGAACAUACACCUAGUAGAACCAAGAUUAAUCCAGUCGUAUGAGCAUGUCAUUCAGAACUUCAUCCGAGAGAUCAAACUUCAAAGCACAGAGAUGGAAACCUUGGCCAUCGCAGUGAAAAGAGCUCAGGAUAAAGCAACAGUUCAGCUCAGUGAGCUGGAGGAAGAGAUGGAACAACGGAUACAGGCUGCAGAGCAAAAAGUUAAAAAGGAAGAGAAACGAAAAGCUGAAGAAGCACUAAAUGAGUUGAAGCGCCAGUAUGACACUGAAGUUGGGGAUCUUCAGGUGACUAUAAAAAAACUUAAAAAGGUUGAAGAGCAAUCGAAAAACUUAAAUAUCAGGGAAGAUGUUAUUGAACUGAAAAAGAGAAUACAUGAUAUGUUGCUGGAAAAUCAGAAACUUAAGAAAGACCUCUUAGAAGCACAAACAAAUAUUGCUUUUCUCCAGAGUGAGUUAGAUAGCUUGAAAAGUGAAUAUGCAGAUCAGACUUUGAACACAGAGAGAGACCUAGAAAUGAUUCGGGAGUAUACUGAAGACAGAGAUAAUCUGGAAAGACAAAUUGAAAUACUUCAAUCAGCUAACAGAAAACUGCAUGACAGCAAUGAUGGUUUAAGAACUGCACUUGAAAACAGUUUCAGCAAGUUCAACAGAUCAUUGCGGUUAGCAAAUACCUCACCAGGAAGUACUAUUUCUAGGAGCAGUCCCAAAUGUAGUGGUGGACAGUCUCCUCUGAACCCACGUUACGAUAGGUCAUCUCCAUCUUGUGUGGAUGAAGAUUACUAUUCUUUAGCUCUUUGUGACCCCAUGCAAAGAAUAAACAGUGAAGUUGACAGCUUACCUGAGAGCUGUUUUGACAGUGGUUUGUCUACCCUGAGAGAUUCAAAUGAAUAUGAUUCAGAGGUGGAAUACAGGCAUCAAAGAACUUUUCAAAGACCACAGUGUAUGCAAGAGAACUAUGGUGGUGAUGCUUCUGAUAUAGAUGUUCCUGAGAUCAGGGAUGAAGAAGCAUAUGGUCCUCAUAGCAGCAGUACAAUAUUAGAUUGGAAAUCCUCAAGACCAGUAAGUCGAAGCAGCUCAGUAGCUUCAACAAGGAAAUAUGUAUAUGCUCUUAAUCCUCAGUCAGAUGCAACAGAUUGUACUCCAAAAUACCCAAGUUCAGAGAAGGCUUACAAGAUCAUUCUUGCUGGAGAUGCAGCGGUUGGAAAAUCUAGUUUCCUUAUGAGACUUUGCAAGAAUGAAUUCAGAGGCAAUACCAGUGCAACCCUUGGUGUCGAUUUUCAAAUGAAAAGGUUAAUUGUUGAUGGAGAACCUACAGUACUACAACUGUGGGACACAGCUGGGCAGGAGAGAUUCCGAAGUAUUGCUAAAUCGUACUUCAGAAGAGCAGAUGGUGUCUUACUCUUAUAUGAUGUAACAUGUGAAAAAAGCUUUCUUAAUGUGCGAGAAUGGAUUGAUAUGAUUGGGGAUGCAACUCAUGAGAAUAUUCCAAUUAUGAUGGUAGGAAACAAAGCAGAUCUUCGCCAAGCAGUCACAGAACAAGGGCAAAAUUGUGUACCUAUAAACUGUGGAGAAAAGCUGGCAAUGACUUAUAAUGCUUUAUUCUGUGAAACAAGUGCUAAAGAUGGAUCUAAUGUUGUAGAAGCAGUUCUUCAUCUUGCUCGUGAAGUGAGAAAACGAAGUGAUAAUGAAGAUGAUACGAGGUCAGUAACCAACCUGGCUGGGACACCUGUCAAAAAAUCAGCACUCACAAAGAACUGUUGCAAUGUUUAAGUGCACCAUUCCUGGCAUAAGAAAUUUCUGUAUGUAAAAAAAAAAAAAAGAAGAAGAAAAGAAAAAAAAAAGAAAAAUGAAGGAGUUCAAUUAUGUAUUCUUUUUGCUAUGGAUUUAUAAAUUUGUGUAUUAGAAGUUGGACAUUGUGGGAAAAAUCCAGACACUAGUUUUUACUAAUUCAUAUUUAUAUACUUGCUUGACUCUUAUUUCUGAUUUCAUUCUUCUUAAGCAACGAAAUUCAAUGAAGCAAGCUCUGAAUCAAUGCCACACUAGCCUGUGCAUUAAAUACUGUAAUAUAUUUUAUCUUCCUAACCUGCUUGUUUCUUUAUGGGCUCAUUAUUUCUCAAAGAAUAUGAUAGGACAGUAUCAUAUAUCACUCGCAGGAACAGAAAGAGAAGUUCUGACAAGAACAUGAAUUAUUUUAAUCUUUUUGCUCGUAUUUGCGUUUCUAGUUUUCUGAAGGUCUUACAUAUACAUGAAAAAUUUCCCAAGAAAACCCUAAGCCAUUAAAAUGUUGCCUAGUUACAGGUAAAUCAAGUUCAAGACAAAAAGUAGCAUGGUUCAUUAGAAGAAGACAGUGGCAGGUGUGUAGGCUACUGGUGUAAUUUUACAUCAGUGGGUUAGAAUUUAUUUAAACAGAAGAGUUAGGAUUUGACUGGGAGCUGAAAAGUAGACUUCAUUUCUAAUCCUACACAACUCAAUAGGGAAAGGGACAUUUGCAUGGACCAUUACUGUUCCAAAUUCUAGAGCAACCAAUAAUACUCGUGAUAUUCAGGAUUAGAUGAAAUAAUUUUUCAGUACCCUUCUGCUUGUUUAGGCUAGAUCUUCAACAGUGUAAUAGAGAGAUGUGGAUUGUAAUUUUCCUGUGUUUUUCAAUAGCUUUUCAUUCAGGCAUGAAUUAAGGAAUCUUAAUGGUACAGAGAAGUCUAUUCUAAUUCUAGUAAUUCUAAUCUUCAUGCAUUUUUAAAGUUAUAGGUGAAAGAAUUACUGCAUGCACAAAAGCAUCUGUAUGAACUGUUCAUUAAAAGAAACUGCUGGAAUGAAUGGCAGACACUUUUGUUAAUGGGAAUAUUGUUGCCUGACUGUAAAAAAUUUCCAAGAUACUCAGCAGAGAAUGAUUUGAGUUAUUACUGCUUGUAAUAGUUCCCAACGUUCAUAAAAUGUAGUAGAAACUGUAGGUAUUUCUCUCAUCAUCAGUCAUAGGACUGUUGACUAGUAGCUUGGAUUGGAGGGGAGCCUCUGCCAUAGGCAGGGUGUGUCACCCAUGCUGAUCAGGCUGCUCGAGGCCCCAGGGAUGGGGCAUCCAGACCUGCUCAGAGCAGUGUGUUCGUAUACCUCACCACUCUCUGUGUAAAACAUUUUCCCCAACAAUGAAUCUGAAUCUCUCAUUAUUUGCUUUAAAAAUAAACCAAUCUGUAAACAUGCAAAUCUGUUUCCCCUUUUUGAUGCUAUUUGCUGCUGCUAAGAACAAUUCGAUUGCAGUAGCAGAAGCUGAAUAGAUCAUGUAGUCUGCUGAAAAAUCAUGGUAUGUCUUCUUCUCUUCAACAGUGUAAUUCAUUGUUGGGUGCCCCUGACAAAUGUGGCUUUCAGAUCUUUAAAGUUUGCAGUGUGUGUGUGAGUGCAGUAAUUCCUUUCACAGCUGAGGUUCUUUUCAUACAGAAUGGUGUGUGAAGGCUUAUGCCCUGUGGAGAACCAGGUUGAAGGACAUGAGGUCAGGGACUUAUUUUUUUUUCUCUCCUGGAUUGGACCGUGGGUUCUUUGGAUACUUUGUCUCAUUUAUUUUAAUGAGCAAAGUCUAUCCUGUAUUGUUUGGCCAAGUUUUAUGUCAUGGUUUUAUGGUCACUGGUAUUUCACAUCAUAACAUCAUGUCAUGCACUGGGAAUUUAAGUGUUAAUACCCCAGUUCCGCAUACCAAAGAGAAGAAACUAUGUUCUCCAGAAGACUAUUCAAUGUGCUGAUAUCAUUCCUGCACAGGGGGGAAUGUGUGUAAGGCGUUGGCAGGUCAUCUGACUGUCACAUCUACAUCUCAGCAUUAGCGUAAGGCCUUCUUUUUUCAGACAAUCUCUUUUUCAUUAUAUCUGAUUUGGUCAAUCCCAGUUCUAAUUAUCUUUUUUUUUUUUUUUUUUUCCUUUUUUUUGUUUUUUUGUUUUUUUCCCCCCCCUGAUACUUGGUUUAGUAAAUUAGUUAAUUUCUCAUCACAUUGUGGCAGUUCUUUUAUCAAGUAAUUUGGGGUUCCCUCUUUUCCUGUCUUUGGUGUCAUGGAUUCUGAGAAAUCCCUCUGCCCUGCUCAUCAUGGAACCAGGCUGAACUGGUAAACCCGUAAACCAUUGACACUUUAUAAAACUGAAUCACUUUUUGUAAGCUACAUAAUUUUCAUGUGUGUCGUGUAAAGCAACAGUGUUUUAUUUUUAAUUAAGAUUCAGGGUUGGAAACUGAUAACAAAGUUUUACCUUGGAGUAAUUUUAUGAUCAAUAUAUGAAUUAUUGGAAAAAGCACUACUGAAUGGGGAUAUUACUAUAGCUCAGUUGGAACUGGUUUUAGAAAUUAUGUGUUGAUCAGCUCCAUCAGGUCUGAAUACUCACAUACUAACAGGUAGAAUGAAUUUGUGUUAACACGAAAGAACUUGGAAAAAACAACAAGAAGAACAAAAACCAACUUCAUUUAUUUCAGUGUAGAAACAAAACCAAAAUAUUUAUACAUGGAAAUAACAAAUAUUUAAGGAUUUCCAUUGUUCUGCUUCAAAAAGUUACCUUGCCUUCUACCUGAAAUGUAAAGUGACAAAUAUCAGCUUUAUGCUCUGACAUAGUUGCACUAUUGUACUUUAAAUGUUUUUAUUGUUUUACACAGUACUUGAGAACUAUUCAUUUAAUCAUACAAAGCUAUUUUUUUAGUUAGUGGAUAUAUUCCCUUAAUACAUGUAUUUAUUCAGAAAGGAGAGGCUUUUCAUGUCUUUCCUCAUAAUCUGUAAAUAUAUAUAUAUUUUUUCAGUUGAUGUGGAAGUAUUAUUUUGUCCUGUACUGUUUUUGAUCUUUUCUAAUUGUGGCAUAGUGCUCAUUUCUGAGGCAAGAAUUUCUGUUAAGACUCACUGGAAAUGUUGGAAUCAAAUGAGUGUUCUAACUGCCCUGUGGCUUACAUUAGUGCUUUAAUGCUGCACGUUUGGUUAAUUAUUCUUGAAGACGUAAUUAUGGCCUAAUGUGGAUUAAAGUUUUCAGUGUAUCUAUUUUUGUACUGACUGUAAAAUCCUCUAUUGUUUUAGGAAAAAUAAGUAACAGUUAUGUAUCUGUAUGCUGGUUAAAAUGUGUUCCAAAGAAAAUAAAGGCCACUCCUGUAAGGAGCAUCAAUGCAGAUAUGCACCACUGUGAAUGCCCAGUUCAGCAAAUAGAGUCAGUGCCAGAGCCUCCCCCUCAAGCCUACUGCUGUACAAAAAUGCUAGGUAACUUUCUAGGAAAUCAGACUGCAGUGAUCCUGCCUCAUAAAUAAAAGUGAGUUAUUUCCUCAUGUAGUUUUUUAAUAGAAUUUACAGUCUUUAUUAUUAUAGGAAGAAACUUCCAAAAAAUAUUUCUUAGUGUAAUAAGUAUUUAAAAGAAUAAAAUAAAAUAAAUCCAAUAUCUCAUCUGCAGUUCAGAUGUCUUGUAUCACUGCUUUUUCCAGAUUUGUUAAAGCAUGAUUCUAUCGCUCUGAUCAUGUAUGGGCCUCUUACGGGUUGAAGAAACUUCACAGCAUUAAAGCUUGUAGUAUAUGUAGUAAUACAGCUCCUGCUGUAUUAGUAUCUGGCAAAACCCCUUCUUACUGACCUCCCUAGGACUGGUAACUCUGUUAUUGAUUGUUGACUAUUUUUUUUUUUUAAUUAAUUAAUUCCACAUUUCUUGUUUUGUUAGAAAACUUUCCUUGUGGUUAAAGAGAAUUUGGCGUAAAUGUAUCCAGAAUAUUGGUGAAAAUGCAUUAGAUUGCUUGCAAAAUUGAGUCAGUUUCCUACAGUUUCUGCUCUUUGAGUUAGAGCUACAAGAGAGUGUAUAAGAAAUUAAUCAUAUUAAUCAAGUGGCUGAGUAACCAAUAAACACGUUUUCUUACUAGUAUGAGGAAGGAAUUCGUUGCCAAUUGCACAUGCCAACUUUUAAUAAAGCCAAUACAUAUAAAUAAGGCUCUAAAUCGUUAAAACCUUUGUACUGUUUACAAUCAGAACUGUGAUUCUGAUGUGGUGUUCAUGAACUUCGUUCUUCCUUGAAACAACAGAUCGCUGCAUCCACUGUGAUUUUUUAUGUUUGAAAAGAACUGCAUUCUCUGUGUUGAAAAUUACUGUUCAAUAAAACAUGCUUCAAUAGCUUA